AUACACACGCGAUAUAUAGGCCUGAUCGUUGAGCUGUGUAUAAUUUUUUUUUUGAAAUUACGUAAUUGAUUUGUUUCAUUCAUUUUCAUUUCGUUUUGAGCUCGGCUCACGUUCUCUCUUCGCACACUUGAGAUACUCAGUUCAACGUUGAUUGCUCAAAUAGCAACAUAGCUGUUGCGUAGCGCUCAAAGUUUUGUUUUUGUUUUCUAUUUUAGAACACAUCUUUGGAUACAUAAACAAAAGACGUGAAGAGAGAAGAGGCAGACAAAUCGACAUAUUGAAUUUCUUUUUUAUCAGCGACAUGUAAAUAUUGAAUAAAGUCUCAUAAUCAUCGAAAGCAAAUUAAGAUCGUUUAAAUUGUUUGUGAGAGGUUGAUCGAUUGUGAAUUCAGUUUACUUGUUUUUGAAUGAAAACAAUUUGAAUUGGUGAAGAUUUGAUCUAUCUGUGAUUGAAAUAUGUAUCUGAUUGCCGUAUGUUUCGAUUCAUUGUAAUUUUCAUUUAAUCGUGCCUAAAACUGUCACAAGAUCUUCUAAAAAUUGAAUGAUAUUGUAAUAUCAUUGCUUGACAAAGAAAACACUUGACAUUUUCUUGCGAUUAUUUCCAGAAAAAGGUAGUGAACAAGUGACUUUUAUUCGGACCAUUUCGAAAUCAAUAGCUUUGAUAACGAUAAGCGGAGGCGAAUUGAGUGAUAAUCGUUGAUAAUUUAGCGAUAUCAUCGAUUUAUUGUUUUUCAUAUAUGCCCAGUCAUUCGCAACAUUAAUAAUAUGGCUCUUGAUGAUUUCAAUCCGAUAAUAUUUGCGGUCAGUUUGUUCAGUGGAUAUGUGAUAUGGCGCAUUAUAAAAAUGGCCUCUCAACCGACAACAUCGAAAAAUGGAUCGAGAAUCGAGAAAAAACUGUUCGAGUCGUGGAAAGCACGUAAGAUCGCCAAGUGGAUGAAUCAGAACAAAAUAACUGAUAAUUUCAAAGAUGAACGAUUAGACAACAAACACUUCAAGUUUUUCGGCUGUAGUCAAGACGGAGACUCAUUCUUUGUGGACUUUAAGAACCACGACGAAUUUCAGGAUGCUAAUUUUAUAUUAAAACUCAAGGACGGAACAUGUUUAACGAUUCCAGAUUACCUGGUGAUGUCAACUUCAAGUAGCCAACAAAGCUUCUCGUCUAGAGGCUUAACAAUAGAGCGAAUUUUACCGUAUUCCAAGUGGCGUAUCACAUUCAACGGAUUAAUUGAUGUUAAAAAACCCCACGAACAGAAUGACAACAAUGACAUUGAACCACAACACGUUACCUUUACAUUUUUCUGGUUCGCUGCUUCCGAUCAAAUGAGCUGGCCAAAUAAUUGGAGCUCCAAACUAUUGGCAAGAGCAUAUGGCCAUGUUGAACACCAUCUUGAAUACCAUUUAAAUGGACUAUUGUUUUCGGAUAAAGGAUUUGAUCAAUUCGGUUCGUUAUUUGGACAAGUCACAAUCGAAAAUGGUGAUUCCAAAGAUAUUUUUGAAUUGAAUUUGCCUGGCGUUCGAACGAGUCGUCGUUUGGAUGAGAAAAUCUCAAAUGAUCCACAAACUACAUGCUCUUUAAUGGCUGCAUGUAGAGAUGGCUUUGUUGUGUCACUAUCUGGGCGGGAUAUUGAAAAUGAAAACAAAAUCUAUUCUGGUGUUUUGAGAAUGGCGAAUAUGGAAAUACAUCGCGUCAAUGACGUUAAUUUGAAUAUGUCCGAUUUUGAAGCGAUAAACACUCCGAAAGAGUUACUUUUCAAUAUCAAAGCAAACAACAAAAGUUUCAGAUCAAUUAUUCGGAUUGCACCCGAUUCAAGCAAGACGAUUCAAAGUGUUGGAUGUACAACAACAAAAACAACUUUUACAAUUGAUGUAAACGGUCAACCGGGCGUCGGAUUUAUGAUAUUUUCCAGUAAAACUUCAACCUCACGCUUUGUAAUAGAGCCAAAUCGAGACACAUUACGACAUCGCAAUGUUUGGAAAUCAAGAACGUUGACACUAUUUUUCAAUGAGCCCGACGCUCAAUGUGAAAAUUUAUGCGGUGGCAAGGGUUCAUCCCUGGCUUUUCUCACACAUUUAUCAAACAGUGAACUCAGCCAAAAGAAUAGUUUUGUGGUUCCACAGGGGUUUAUAUUGACCACCGAUGCAUUUGACAUUCAAAUUAAGCACUGUUGGCAGGUGCGUGAUGCGAUAGCGAAUAUAGAAGCAAUUGCGUAUAAAAGAAACAAUGGAAAAUUGGAAAGUGCCUGUGAAGAAGUGUCAAAAUUAUUCAUCGACACGCCUAUUGUCGACGAAAUUGCGGAUGAAAUCAAAAAAGCCUAUUUAAUCCUAAAAAACAACACUGGUUCGUCAUUAAAAGUGGCAGUAAGAUCAUCCGCAAUCGGUGAAGAUGGGACGGAAUCAUCUUCCGCUGGACAAAACGAAACAUUUUUGGGCGUUAAAAAAAUUGACCAAGUUUUGGUCGCCAUCCAAAAAUGUUGGGCAUCAUUAUUCACAUUGCAAAGUGUCACCUAUCGCAUCCAGAAUAUUCAACCAAUAAACACGAAAAUGUCUGUUGUGAUUCAAACGAUGGUUGCACCAGACUGUGCUGGCGUUCUAUUUACUCAACAUCCGGUUACAAAUGAUCCGAGCAAACUACUUAUCACAGCUAACUAUGGAUUAGGAGAGUCGGUGGUGUCUGGCUUAGUCGAUCCAGAUAUGUUUGUGAUUCAACGAUCUUAUAAAAACAAUAAUUUAAAAGUUCUAGAACGGAAAUUGGGUGAAAAAGAUUCGUUUGUUUUUAUGUCAGUCGAUGAUGAUGUCAACAGUUCCAAAGUGAAUGAUGAUUUGCGAAAACAACUCUGUCUGUCCGAUGAAAAUCUGUUGAAAUUAUCUGAAAUCGGAAUUUAUCUACAGGAAAACUAUGGCACACCAAGAGACAUUGAAUGGGCUAUUCGUGAUAACAAAACCUAUUUACUUCAAUCUCGCCCGAUGACCUCAACCAAUUCUUUUACACAAUGGGAAUUAACGCACGAGUUUGAUACGGCUGUAAUGAGCGAACAAGAUUACUUUACAUUCGGCAAUGUGGGCGAAGUGAUGUCACAAGCAGUCACACCGUUGACAAUCUCAGCUCUGGUGCCAACAUUUGAAGCUGGCCUCCUGAAGAACUUUCCAAUUCACAAAGAAGGAAAGUAUUUCAAUCAAAUAAUGGCCAUUUCGCACAGUCGAAUCGCAAUUAAUGUUUUUAGCGUUUUCCUGCGAAUGUGCAAGCAAGAAAUAUCAAUGGAAAAUCGAGUGCACGGCAUUGCAAUCAUGGGCCAUGAAUUUAUAACCGAUGAAAUACAUCAAAUAGCCAUUCAUCGGUAUGGAAUUGCCGGCAAAUUUACCGAAUGGUAUUAUAUGUGGUUUGCAAUGAAAACUGGAUGGACUGGAAAAGCGAAAGUGGACGAACUGAAUCGAUUUAUGGAAAAAUUCAAUGGCACUUACAAUCGACGCAAUUUGCGAGUGUUUCCAUCGCUUAAAGCGCUUUAUGAAGAUGUAACAAUAAAAAUUGGCCAUGGACUUGAGUACGUGCAAAGUGUUCACGGUAGCACAACAAUGAUGUGCACUAUCUAUCAAAUAAUCCUGUUUUCGGCAUUGGCUGAAGGUAAAAAAGAGAUAACACAAGACUAUUUGCAAGAUGUUACCAUUUUGUUGAGCUCAUGCGAGAACGCUGAAUCAGCGGAAAUUCCGAUUUUGUUGGAGGAAAUCGCAUCGGCACUUUUAAGGUGUAAUAGUUCAAAGGCAAUGGAGUUUUCCAUGAUUAGCCCGGAUAAGGGAAUUGCUUGGCUCACCGAAAACUGUAUCAAAUCCUAUACGCUGUUUGAAUUGUUCAUCGAGCGCAAUGCCCAUAGAGGCUUUCAAGAGUUUGACUUCGGCUACGAGACGUGGGGUAUGAAUCCAGCGAUUGUGAUUGAAAUGCUACAAAAAACCAUCAAAAAUCGUAACUUGAACGAUCCACCGAAAAAACGCAGCUCAAAACGGACAAAUGACGAAAUUUUGGCUGAAUUGAAAACACCAUCCAAACCAUCGACUAUGCGGGCGAUUCGGUUCUUUCUGCCGCGUUGUCAGGCGUACGUGCAAUUAAGAGAAAAAACCAAAAGUCAGCUCAUUGCCUACAUUCAUGAGCUUCGAAAGGCGUAUUGUUAUUUGGCCGAAAAGAUGCAAGAGGUGGGAUUGCUUCCAGAUAUGGAUUUAAUAUUCUAUUUGACGCAUCAGGAAAUUGGCAUCAUUCUUGACGAUCGAAAUCGAUGUGAUUUGAUCAGCAAAGCCAUUCGACGUCGCCGUUUAUUCCCUGAAUGGAAAAAACUACGAUUUGAUGAAUUCCAAUGGGGUGUUAUAAAGCCACAGAACAAUGAACAAGAUAUUAUGCGUUCGAAUUGUGAAAAAGUGGUUGGAACUCCAGUUUGCGCAGGACGAGUCACAGGCAGAGCGUGUGUUGUAAACACAUUUGCUGAAGUAUCCAAAAUAAAAGCCGGUGAUAUUCUAAUUACCUAUUGCACGGAUGUUGCAUGGAGCCCUUAUUUCCCAAUUUUGAGUGGUGUUGUCACUGAACUCGGCGGAUUGAUAUCACACGGUGCUGUAGUCGCGAGAGAGUAUGGAUUACCGUGCAUUGUGGGAGCUACAAAUGCGACAAAAAUCAUAAAUGACGGUGAAGAGAUUUUGAUGGAUGCAACUGCUGGUUUUAUCAUUAAAUUGGGAAAAGAAAAUCAAAAUGAAUCAUAGCGUUUAAUGUAUUACAAUUCUAUGGGUGAGAUUGAGAGUGGAGUAUGUUUUUUCUUCGAUUUAUAUUUUUGGAAAGGCGAGUAUGUUUUCUGAUGAUUCUGUUGGCUUUAAAGUAGAGUAUGUCGUAGUACCGUCUAGCCUCUGCGGUCUUCACGGUUUUCGCGCAACUGGAGAGAGAUAAGAGAUAACUGACUUCAGCAAUGUUAUAGAAGACUUCGAGUGCUACAACUUUGCCGAAGACACCAAGUUGUUAUCUCUUAUCAGUUCCACGGAAACCGCAAAAAAACCGUGACGACCCGCCAAAAAUGAACAUACUCGCCUUUAACCAUUUUUGAGUCGAAAGAAACUUACUCUUCUCUUUCAUAACAAAGUCAGUGAAACAUACACCACUCUCAAUCUCACCUAUAGAAUUGUUAUGCUUUGUUAAUUAAUAGAUAUUUUUAAGAAUAUAACAAAUUGCUACUGAAAUAAUCAAUUUUUUAUACAUCGUUUUCGAGAACAUUAAGUGGUUGGUUGAUAGAGCGGCAUUCAAUGCAAAAAAAAUAAACAAUAGUUUGGGCAUGCAUAUUGUAUUUUUGAUCAAAUAAAUUCCAUAUCUGCUGGCUAUUGAUUUGA